GUGUUUGAAUAACACAUAAACAGUGUCUCACUCUGUGGUCAAUACAAUCAAAGUGUUUGUGUCACUGAUUGUCAACAAAAACAGUGUUGUAAUCAAGUAAUGGUCAACACAUCCGACGUUUACCACAAAAAAGAGGGUUUCAAUUCACAAAACAGUUUUCGUCUCCGGAUGUGUUGGGCUGUUGAACCAAAUUGACAACACGAUUGUCUUCAAACCAUCGAUGACACCGACAUUUGUAGUCAAUCGACAACUGUUUUAUCGUUUUUUGAUUGUCGACUGAAACCCCGCGACUGCCGCCAACACCAAUAACAUCGCGAUGUCUUCGCUAACUGUACGUCAACUGAAGCACCCGCUGUUAGUGACAAACAUUUGCUACUCGAUGACCACAGUUGGCGGUCGAUCAUUGAUGUCGCCGACAAAGUGUCACAAAUGGCACAGACAUUGGUCUUCAUCGACGACUUCGACAUUCAACGACAAAUCAUUAUCAACGCUUGUGUUGUCCAAACUGAAGAUCACAUUACAACAACAACAGACAGCACUGUAUUGUUCAUCGAGUAGUACUACCGAUAAGCCGCUGAUAGAUACGACCAAUAAAACCGAGGACACUAAAAGUGACGUCAAAGAUAAGCCACUGACGAAACCUCUAAACAAAGUGACCAUAAAUGAAGAUAUUAAAGUUAUACCAAAGUCAAGCAAAGAUCGGCCCAAAUUGGACUACACUAUGACCACUGGCCGCAACUUUAUAACACCGAUCCGUGCGAUGAACGAGUAUUUACUAAAACCCAGCGAUUUGAAUGAUUUGAGAAAAUUUCAGCGAAGAAGUCCCUACGCUAAUGAACCUCCGAUUACUGUUUACUUGAGGAAAGACAUCGAAGCCAAAGCUCUUCAAAUUUGGGGAACAUUUGAUUCCUUACAGAAAGCGUUGGCCAUUCGUAAAGAAGAGGAACAAAAGUAUAUCGACAGUAUAUUUCAUGUGAAAAAACUUUUAAAGGACUUUAAGAGACAACACGAUCCCGAAGCUAAGCUUAGGGAUGAUAUACUGCGUGGAGCCGGAAGAGUUGUAUUAUCAGCUGUUUGUAUAAAUGGAGCCAACUUUUUAUUUAAAGCCCUGGCCUGGCUAUACACCGGUUCCCACUCGUUAUUUGCCGAAGCUAUCCAUUCUUUAGCUGAUACAUGUAAUCAAUUGAUUCUUGCUUUUGGUAUACGAAAGUCCCUCCAGAAAGCCAAUGAAGACCAUCCUUAUGGCUAUCAUCCCAUGCGUUACAUUGCAUCACUUAUUUCGGGAGUCGGCAUAUUCUGUGCCGGAACUGGUCUUUCAUUUUAUAAUGGCAUCGAUGGUCUCCUCCAUCCCGAACACAUUGAAUCACUUUAUUGGGCUUUCUUUAUAUUAGGUGGUUCUCUGAUAUCAGAGGGCGGAACACUACUUAUUGCAUUAAAUGCCGCCCGUAAAGGUGCUCAGAGAGCCGGCAUGUCUAUCAAAGAUUAUAUCUACCGAGGACAGGAUCCCAGUAUCAAUGUAGUUUUAUUAGAAGAUAUGGCAGCAGUUAUCGGUGUGACCAUUGCCGGCACCUGUAUGGGUUUGACCACUUAUUAUAAUACUCCAAUAUAUGACGCCGUCGGUUCGCUAGUUAUCGGUAGUCUAUUAGGAGUCGUCGCGUCGUUCAUAAUAUACACAAAUAGUGGUGCACUUGUAGGCCGUUCUAUACCACCUAAACGACUCCAAGAAAUUAAUAAACAGUUGGAAUCCGAUAUUAUGGUCAGAGCUAUACAUGACGUUAAGGCCACUGAUAUGGGCAAUGAAAUGGUGCGAUAUAAAGCUGAGGUAGACUUUGAUGGUCGUACAUUAACCCGACAUUAUUUAGACACAAUUGAUAUGGAAGCACUGCUUAAAGAGAUGCAGGGCUUGAACUCAAUAGAAGAUGUCGAGGCGUUUAUGUUAAAACACGGCGAGAAUAUAGUAGAUCUUUUGGGCGCUGAAGUGGAUCGCAUUGAAAAGGAGUUAAAGAGAAGACACCCUCAGGUACGACAUGUCGACUUAGAAGUCCUUUGAAGACUACUAUACAAUCUUAAGUUAAAGGUUUUUGGCCGUCGGGUUUGUAUCAAACCAAACGGUUUACCACUUGUUUUCAAACAAAUUUUAUUUUUGUUUAGUUAACUUAUUUUAUAAUUUAUAUAUAU